AUGAAAUGUGAUUGCGGAACCAAAUUUGCUUUACCAUUGUGUGCAGAUACGAAAUCAUUUCAAUUGUCAUCGUAUUACAAACAUAUUCGAGGAACAAAGUGUUUAAUGAUGUGUAAAAAAGAAAAAGAGAAGAAUGAUCGACGUAAACGUCAACAGCAACAAUCUUCAUUUGCAUCAUUUGCAUCAUUACCACCAUCAGUAAUACCAGCAACUGCGUAUGGUACAAACAAUAAGGAAUUAAUUCGUAUUAUUGGAUUCAGCACGGACUGUGGCCCAAAAUAUUUUAAAUCUAUGAGGCUUGUUAGUGUGUUUUUUGCUGAUUUACCAAAUAUUCCAGUAAUUGACAAUAAUGAUAAUAGGUUAUUUGCAAUUAAUGUUCCAGCCAAAUGGUCAUCGUGGUGUUUCCUAAAGUGCAAACAACUAUUACUCUUCAUGCAAGAUCCGAUACAUUUAUGCACAAAAUUGAGAAACAGAUUAUUGUCAACCAAAGCUACUUUAUUAAUUGGAACUCAACAAGUGAAUAUUAAACAUUUAGAAGAUUUAAUCGAUAAUUCAUCAAAAUCGAUCAUAAUCUGGUUAAAUCCGAUAUUUUUCCAAAAGAUAAACAAAAUUUUACAUCAUGUUUAA